AAUGCGCGCAAACCAUUUUAAGGAUCUCUCCACCCUCCGCUUUUUCAAUCUUCAGCUCUCCGAUUCCGCCAUGGAAGCUUCUGCUAAGCUCCUUAAACCCUCCUAUCUCGUCGGCCCCAGGAUUGCAUCACCGUCGCUGACAUUCACGACGGCGACCCAUUCUGUCACAUUCUCUCGCAGUCAACGCAAGGGUGUCGUUUUUAGACCCAGGUCUUCCCUCUUUCGCUUCCGCUCUUCUUUAUCGCCGAUUUCUCCCAGUCCCAAACCUUUUGGAUCUCUUUCAGUCUCCUCUUCCGUACCCUUUAACUCCCAAGUUUAUUUCAACUCGUUCCUUCGGUCCAACCCCAACGAGGCCGGCUUUGUUUGGAACCGAGCGCCGGAGAGCGUCGUCGAUGGAGGGAGCCGGGUGGACCUCGUCGGGGACAAGGGACCUGUGGUUACCGUGGUUCUAUUGGGGUGGCUCGGGUCCAAAAGGAAGUACCUCAAAAGGUACGUGGAGUGGUACAAUUCCCGAGGCAUCCACGCCGUUACUUUCGUCGUCCAAGUGACGGAUAUGCUGUCGUUCGAUUUGGGAACCAGGCUGGAGCAGCGGAUCUCUGCAUUUGGAUCGGAGUUGGGCUCGUGGGUAUUGGAGAAGGAGGAGGAUGGUAGAGAACGGUGCUUGGUCUUCCACCCUUUUAGUAACGCUGGCUGGCUAACGUGUGGCGCAAUUCUUGAUAGUUUUCAGGGAAGAGAUGACAUAAAGGAGAAGAUAAGAGGGAUUAUUAUUGAUUCGGGAGGAGGGGGCGUUUUGAAUCCUAAGGUUUGGGCAGCUGGAUUUGCUAUUGCUAUUUUAAAGAAACGCAACUCUUCGAUAAAUGGAAUAGAAAGUGAAGCUACUGCAUUAAAAUUGCAAGAAAAUGAACCGUCAAAGUUUGAAGCCAUGCUGCUAGCUGCAUUGGAGAAGCUCUGGUCAUGCUUUAUGCCUGAAAUUGAGAGGAGGGUAAGAAAAUAUGUUGAUGCUUUCUUAGAGCACCCGCCUCCUUGUCCCCAACUUUACCUUUAUAGCACAGCCGAUAAGGUCGUUCCAUCUGAGACAAUUGAGCUGUGUAUGGAGAAGCAGAGAAUGAAUGGGAUAAAGGUGUUUUCAUAUGACUUUGGCACAUCUCCCCAUGUGGAUCACUACCGGACUUUUCCCGACAUUUAUUCAUCACAGCUCCAUAAUUUUUUGAAAGAGUGCUUUGCCAUUGUUAAGCAGAAGUAAUCCCUGCAAAUGCAGGUAAUUUGUGUGCAGAUCAAUUGAAUGCUUUACUUGCUACUUGCUAGUGCAGCUCAAUUGAAUGCUUUGAUUGCUACUUGCUAGUGCAGCUCAAUUGAAUGCUUUGAUUUCUACUUGCUAGUGCAGAGGCAUUGCUAAUAAGCCCCCUAGGGCAAUGCACUAGGGUUGGUGCCUUUUUAGUUAAAAUGCUGAUUUAUGUUGUAAAGUUCAUAUAUGAUGAUAUCAUAUUUGAAUUUCUUCUUCUCUAUAAGCUUUGAACUCUGGAGUCCAUACGUUAGGUAAUUUACGAGAAGUUAGCUCCUUAUAAUUUCUUCUAUAGAUUGAAUCUUGAUAAAUGAGGUGAGGAGCAAACUCAAUCUCAAUCAAGUCAAGUUCAUGGAGUACGGUUGAACUGGUAUAUAGACAGCUAUUUUCUACCAAGAAUUCAAGUGGAUGUGUCCUUUAAUCUCCCAUAUGCUGUGCUGAUAAUAACUUUGAAACUGAUUC